CCUUGCCUACAGGGGUCCUGGAUGAUCUCCAUGGAGACCCCACCUGCCUGCUGCGUCCAGCAUCCCCAGCUGUGGGUGCAGGACAGAAGGGCCAGGUCUGGUGGCGUCAGAGACACGAGCAGUGGCAGCUGGAAGGAGCCACUGAUGGGGCUGCUAGGAAGUGGAGUCCAGCUACCACACCACCCCCACUCUGCCAUGCACCCAGGGAUGACAAGACCAGCUGCACAAACCACAGCCCAGAAUGCCCCAGCACCUUGCCCAGGCAGGGCUGAGGGACCUGCCGCAGCCUGGAUAAAAUCCCUUGGUGGGCUGGAUCCAGUCUGCAGGCCAUAUUUUGCCCACCUGUGCAGUAGAGCCCCUGGAGGGCAGCCUUGGGUUAGUCUUCCCUCCCACCUGAGAGGUCUAGGUGGUAGUUCCCAAGGUUGGUUUGCCAAUGACUGAGACUGUUAAUUGUAUUGAGUUUCAGUUCAUGUUAAUAGUUAAAGUUUUCUCUAAGGCUGGCUGUUUGCUUCCUUUUCCCCUGUAAUAAACCAUGAUGUAGUUGAACAUUGCUUGUGAGUUGGAAAGUGGUUUUACUUUGGAACACCUGGUUAAAAUGGAUUUUCCCAAGUUUCUCCAUGCAAGCUGGAGUCAAAUUUGGAAAGCUUGUGUUAAACUCCUAAAAUUGAGCCCAGCCCCUGUUACUGCCAUCCAAGUAGAAGGGUUAUGUGAUACUGGGAGAAGUGGUACCCCUAGGGCAGGGGUGGGCAAUUAUUUCAGGCAGAGGGCCACUUACUGAGUUUUGGCAAGCCAUGGGGGGCCAAUGACAGGCAGCCAGGGAGAGAUAAAUAUUAAUUUUCUAAAUUUUUUAGGGGCCCCGCGGGCCAGAUAGAAUUGCCUGGCAGGCUGCAUCCAGCCUGCGGGCUGCAUUUUGCCCACCCCUGCCCUAGGUAAUUGAUGUGAAAGGGUUCAGGGCAGCUUACUCAGGGCUUCAAGCCCCAGAUAGUCACAGCGGAGUCAGGCACAGCACUCGCUGCAUCUAGGCUCCCAGUAGGCACAGGACUGGGAGGGGUUACAUGAGCUGCCAUGGGGAACCCCCAAUCACUAGACUUACAACCAGUGCCGCGGCAGAGUUAGCUCUGUGUAGUGUAUUGGGUAGACAAGGCUGCCCCUGGGGCUGAGCAGUGGUCUACUAGGUGCAGCCCUAAGGCUGGCUCAUGGCUGCAUGCUUCCUGGGAGUCUGGGCUUCCUGCAUGCAUUCUGGGAUGAGGAGCUGUGGCCUGGUCCUGUGUGUGGGUUUGGGGGUGCAUAGGCAGACAGCAGGGAAAGCUUCAAGCUGUAUUGGCUGUUGUGAAUUAAAGAAAAGACCCCCAUCAGGAAAGGUACAUGUCUUGUGCCAGCCCAGCUUUGGUGUGCCAAGAACACAAUCAACUUAGUGGGGUAGUCACAGCAUCUCGGCACAAAGUUUGAAUGGAUGUAAAAGCUCAGCUGGGCGCAAGUAUGGUGUCCCUCAGCCUGAGCUAACAGUGACAGGAGGAGGCCCUGUGUUGUAAGGAAAGGUCAGGGACCUCAGGAUUCAGGCUAAAGGGGAAAGCUCGGGGAAGCACAGACCACAGGCUGGCACAGCAUGGGCAGUAGAUGACAGAAGGGCCCUGGAAGUUGUUACCAACAUCUGAGUGAGGGAGUGGCCACUGUCCUUGGGACCAGCAGGACUGGGGUGGUGCCUGCUUUUCCUGAGCAUAACCUAGAGUCUAUAGCAACAGCCCAGCAACCUUCUGCAGUUUCCCAAACACAGGCAGGCAGAGUUGAGCCACCUGGCCACAUCCAGUCUGUGGACACUGUAUCUCUGGCAGCUAUGGGGGUAUUCAGGAACCUGCCUCUACUGCUGCUCCUCAUCCUUGGCACCUCAGGGGUCUUCGUCAGAGCCACUGCACCUCCAUACCCAGCACUGCUUGAUCUUCCGCGCACUGUGAAUGUGAGUGAGAAUGCACUGCCUGGCACAUCCAUCGCAGAAUUCGUCCUCAACUGCACGCACUUGAACAGUAACAUCAGCGUCACUCUGCAAAGUGUCACCCCACCCACUACCUUCUUCAACCCACCUGCCAUCAGCCCCAGUGACACCAUGGACAAAUGCUACAGCAUUAAGAUCACACUCAGUCCCAGUGCUGCCCUGGAUGCCAAGCAGGUGAAUCAAUACACAUUGGUCCUGCAGGCCCAGUGCCCAACCGAGAAGCUUGUUGAGACACAACUAUUUGUCCAGGUCAUGCCAGAAGAUGCUGCCCCACAGUGCAUGGGCAAGUUUGCCAGUGCAGAUGGGGAUCUGAUGGAAGUCCCAGAGAAUGUGGCUCCCCUGUUACCCAUCUACACUGUGAUCCUGCAGCGCCCAGUGAGUGGGCUGAGGUUCACCAUUGAAGACAACAACUCGCCAUUCAGUAUCAGCUCCAGUGGCCAGGUGCUGGCCUCAGAAACUGGCUUCUCCUUGAGACAUCACAAUCAGUUCAGACUGCAGAUAUUGGUGACUGACAGAAGAGGAAGGAACUGCAGCGGGAUCCUGAAGGUGCAAGUGCUGCAUGUUCACCAGCCCCGUGUCAACUUCACGGUGCCAUGGCAGGCUGUGAUGGUGCAGGAGAACACGGGACCCAUGCAGAGGGUCACACAAGUCUCAGCCAGUGGAGACCACGUGCGCUACGAGAUCAUUGCACCAGCCUUUCACAGGCUCUACACUAUCAACCCACGGACAGGUGAGAUCCAUAACACCUACAACGUGGACCUGGGGCAGUUCCCAGAGGCAGCCCACACUCAGCUGCUAGUGCAAGCCUAUGACAUGCUGCACCCCAGCGACAGAGCCACAAUGACGCUCAACAUUACUGUGCUGAAGGCCAAUGUCCUGGCACCCCGCUGCUCACCUAAUGUUUUUGUGGCACAAUUGCCAGAGACCACUCCCAUUGGCAGGACUCUGAUGACUCUGACCUGUACGGAUCCUGAUGUUGGCAAUAGCUCUCUGCACUACCAGGUUGAAGGUGACCAGAGAUCCCACUACAAAUUCCGCAUGCAGGGCCACCAGCUGCAGGUCAACACCACCCUGGACUAUGACAGUGAAUCCAUUGCUGCUGCUGGCUUCCAGUAUGUGGCUACUAUCCUGGUGACAGACAGCAGGCAGCCUCCCCAGACCAGUAAGUGUUCUGGUCCCUGCCCAGGACUCUCUUGCUCCCAAGCCAGUGUGUCUGUGCUGGUGACAGUGACCCCUGUGAACGAGUACCCCCCUGCAUGUCCAGUGCACUCUACAUUCAGCGUGAGAGAGGAUGCUGCAUUUGGUUACAUCAUUGGUUUUGUAAAUGGUACCGACUGGGACUAUCCCUUCAACAGCAUCAUAUACAGCCUCGUUGGAGAUGCAGGUGGCAGCCUUCCUGAUUUCUACAUUGGUCCAUGGAGUGGAACGAUUCAUGUACUCAGACCACUGGACUAUGAGAGACAGGCGACCUACCAGCUAAUUGUGCAGCUGCAGGAUGCGCACAAUGACGUGGACCCGAAGUUCCAACUGAGUGUGUCCUGCAGUAUCACCAUCAAUGUGCAGGAUGUUGAUGACCAGCCCCCAAUCUGCCAACCCAUGAUUAAGGAGCUCUCCAUAUACUCCACACUGGCCCCCAGUCAGCCUGUCACAUAUCUGGAGUGCUCGGACUAUGACAGGAGCACUGUGCUGCCCUUGUGUUACACCAUUGUCGGAGGCAACAUCAAUGAACGAUUCCAUUUGCGUGGGAACACCCUUUACCACAACCGCUUCUCUUACGACCCUGAUGAGAUCUUCGACCCCUUAACCUUUGAGCUUCUGGUGGAAGUGUUGGACAGCUGCAGCCCGCCGCAUCACAGCACGACUGCCACAGUGAUUGUGCAUGUGAUUCCCUGGGCCACAACUGUGCCCACCACUAGCACCUGGCUCACGACACCAAGGACAGAACCACUAGUAAUCACACGGACAGACUACUUCUGGGAGCCCACACCCUGGUUUAUGGUGGUGCUGACCACCUCCAGCAUUCUUCUUCUGGCAGCCCUUGGAUGGCUGGCCUGGAGACUCCUGUGCCGGUCCAUCCCCAGAAAACCAGCCCAGCUGCUUCUGCAGGACAGAUCCCUGCCCCACACAGACUCUGUGAACAGAGAGAAAGGGGCCCUGCAUGAUCUGAGCAAGGAGAUGGAUUCUUCCAGCAUCCUGAGCUUGGGGCAGUUUGAUGGCCGUGCCCAGGACCCCUUGACAGGCCGAGAAUAUCUCUUCAACAGCAGCACUGGAGCACGGCGUUGGACCUGAAUGCAUCCCUUUCACCCCUGCACUACUAGACCUAAGAAACAUACCUUGUCCCCUCCCCAUGCUACUAGAUUAAUUUAAGUACAGUACAUACCCUGGCCCAGCUACCCCACCUCAGAACUAUGAAGAACCUUGUUUCUAUGUUCAUAUAUUGAUUAAUGGUCUGGGAGGGGAGGUCAGCAAUAUAUGCAUAUUGGGAGUGUGAUGCCCAUUGUGCCCACUGUGAGCGUAUGGUGGCAGCAGUAUUUCCAAUUUUAUAGGGUCCCAUUUAGAUUUUAAAGCUGUAAUCUAACCAUUUAUAUUUGCUGAUUGGGUAAAGGUAAUUACCAAUAUUGGCAGGCAAUUAAGUGAGGGUGACCCCUUUUCUUUGAGUUGCAGGAGUACUAGCUUGCAAAUUGUAAGGCAGGGGUCUUUUUCAAUCAACUGUCAUCUACUGUAAUCUUGGAGGGUGCCUGUCAGAUCACUUUGGCAUUCCUAACCAAUCAACAUGCGUGUUAAGUAAUCAAGAACCACCCAAGGAGCAUAAUAGAUAGUCGCAUAGGUUAAGUUUGGAUAUCAGAAGUCUGAGACACACUGAAUACAACCUAUUAUCUGACAAGCGACAAACAGAACUGAGUACAAGCACUUGUACCAGAGAACAGCAGAAAUCAAGAUUUAUUACUACUCUUAAUCAUCAGCUGUCAGCUCUUUAUUAUCUCUGAUAUGUUCAUUGAUGAUCAAGUAAUUCUCCAGAAGGCAAUGUUGCCCUUGUUGCAAGAUAUUCAUGGGAAUGUGGUCCUUGCUAUUUCUAGUUUAAAAUAUUUAAGCCACUUGCUUAAAGUUAGGCCUCAUCUGUCUCUACCUUACUCUGGCAGUAGAACUUCUGGAUGCAAACACCAGGUGCAAGCAUGCACAUACCUAGGUGUUUCUAGCAGCAUUAUGUGGCUUCGCUCAGUAGUGGUGCUGCCAGAGCACAAAGUACACCUAGGGAGGUACUAGCUACUGAAGACCUUGCCGCAGCUGGCAGAGGGCACAAGAUGGCAGCAGUCAGCACAGGGCUGGGCAGCAGCAGAAGCCACACACUGCUCAGAAAAGGUGAAAUAAUAACUCUGCUGUAGAAAGGAGGCUUCUGCUACCACAGGAGAGCUGCUUCUGGCUGAGCACUAAUGUAGACCAGUCCUUAGUGUUCAAGACUCUCUCAGGGCACUUUACUUGGGCCUACAAAGUGAAAACACUUAGAGAAUGUUGCUUAAUCAAAAUCCGGUUUGUGAUUCUCGGAGAUGCAGCUAGAAGGCUUGAAGUUACCCUUUAACAACUACCCUUACAUGCGAAGAACUAGGAUCUAGGGCAGGCUUGGCCAACAUAUGGCCCGCGGCCGCCAUGCGGCCCGCCAAGCCAUUUUCUGUGGCCCGCAGUGCUGUGAUAGGAAACAAAAGUAAAUACUGUUUACUUUUGUUCCCACCCCCUGUCUCUCCCCCAGCCCCUCAGCAGCUUCCUAAUGGCUGCUGAAGGGCUGGGGCAGGGACAAGGUUCCUACAUGCACCACAUCAGCUUGACGUUGCCAACUCAGUGCGGCUCCUCCCCUUCCCCUUCAUUUCACUGUGUCCCAUCCUAGCUCCGUCCCUCCCUUCCUCAUUUGCAUGCUGACCCUGCCCUGGUCCCGCCGGCCACAUGGGCCGGAGCAGGUUGUGGUGCAGCGAGCAGGUGUGCGGGGUGCGGGUGCCAGCGUGGAGGGAUGCUGUGGCCAGGCCCAUGAGAAAUGCUUCUGCCACUGCUGCUGUGGCUGUUGGGGCAGGAAGCUGGCACCAUUCCCGCCUCCCCGCAUACCCCCACACCUGCAGACAUCGUGCUGGGGGUGGUGAGUCACGGGCCCUGGGAGGGAGGGAGCCCUGCCGGUUGGGCUUGGGCUGCCCCAGGGGAGAGGGAGCAGGGGGUUGUCCCUGCACAUCCCACACCCCCUGUAGGGUCCCUGCAUGUCCCCCUGGUUGCUGAGCCCAGGCGCGCAGGUGUGGAAGCAUCUUCAAGGCUGCCCAGGUGGCAGGGAGGACACGGCAGGGUCAGGUGGCGUCCCUUGACCCCUGCCCCCCCAGGCCGCGGCUGGACUGGACAGGCCGCGUGAGCGCCCACUCCUGCCGGCCCACUGGGUGAUAAACAUUUCAUGAUCCAGCCCCACAUUCAAAAAGGUUGGAUACCCCUGAUCUAGGAAAUGGAGUCUCACCACUCCUUCUGAAGCCUAGGAGCUUGGGAAGGGCACAGCCGUUCAUGGGGCUGGCUGAAUGCCCUGUAGUAGUUCUGGGUUCUAAAGUUUCUUUUAGGGUUAGCAGGAUCUUAGUGCCUUGCUGCCAGAGAAGAGAAGAAACUGAUGGAAGGUUGUGGUAGCAUUUUAGGGGCUUAGCAGGUUCUUUGGUGAAUUUAGCCCCUCAGAUGACAUGCCCUAUGUGGAGUAGAAAACUGUAUAAUUCAGUUCCCCUUGGUAUUGUCCCACUUGGUAUUGUUCCUGCUAGGUGUGGAGGAAUCAAUUUUUCCUCUGGGACAUGGGAGUUGGGGUGGGUGUUGGCCAUCCAGGUGGGUGUCUAUGAAGUCUCAAGAACUGUCCAAAAAAGGUUGCAUUUUCCUGGAAAAGAUGCUGGAAGAGCAAAGGCUACACAUUAAUUCUGAAAGACUGCCAGCCAUGGAAUAGAACCUGAAACCAAUUAGACUGUAUCUUAAGCAGGGAACUCCCAAAAGAACCAUGCUGGCUUUGAAGACAGGGAAUAUUCCUAGGGGCUGUGGGGCAUUGUGGCAGGCUGUGACAUUAAUGUGGAAGGCACAUGAACUCUGCUUUCCUGUUGUCAUCAAAAGGCCCUCAAAUACUGUAUUCAGCUAGUAGCUGUUGAAUGGCUACUGCCAAUACACAGUGCUUGAAUUGCUCCCAGAAGGGUUCCGAGGGGGCUCCGCUCAUCUGGAGAGGCCUGGUGAAACAUGGCCAGUGGAGCUGAAGGUCCAGUGUUGGAACUGUGGGGCCUGGCAGCGGCAAAGGCCAACACCACUAAGAAUGGGACUGUCCCAGAGAGCCUAUAUAGAGACAAUUGCAGUGCACUCUGUAACUCCAUGCACUUUCUGGGGGUGGUUCUGGAGUGGCACACCCUUCUUUCCCAUUGACUGCUUCAGGGCCCUUGUAUCUCAGCUCUCUCCUAGGCUGUUUCCUUUACUGUCCAGUAGAUGGCAUGAGUGUACAGCAAAUCUCUGAUGCUUUCUUAAAUGUUCAAUGACCAUUU